AUGGGAGCUACUUGUUCCACAAUAUGGAAUGAGAUACCGCCCCUCAUAGAUUUCUACCCCCCUUGCCCAGCUAGCUACACAACUCUCCUAAACAUCUUCCAAUAUUUCCCAUUGUUCACCCUCCUUCAAUGGAUCAUAUCAUGGCAUCCAGCAGGGAAAACCUCUCUCCAAAGCUCCAUCUUCAAUCUACCAGGACGCAUAGCCUGGUGUAUAAUGGAGAUUAUAGGCCCAAUCAACCUGAUCUACAAUCUCUCCCUAAGCUCACCGUCUUUCAGUGAACUCGGAGUCUCAAAGCAAUUGGUAGCAUCCCUCUACUGCUUCCACUACCUCAACCGCGCUAUUAUCUCGCCAUUCUUCUCUGCUCCAAGCAUGUCUCCCAUCCACGUAUUCAUCAUGCUCAGCGCAAUGGCAUUCAACUGGAUCAAUUCCUCGUGUCUCUCUGGCUGGCUGCGUGGCUUACCAGUCGCCAUCCCAGGCUUCCAAACAGACGGCUCUGGCGCUCUCUAUUCCUCAACGAGCAGUAGACUACUCCUAGCCCUCCCGGUAAUAGGAGCGGCCCUGUUCACCAUCGGAAUGGCAGGAAACAUCUACUCAGAAAAUUCAUUCUUCCACCUACGAAGACAAGAGGCAGAGAAGCAAGCCAAGAAAUCAGACUCGGCGGAGUCGUCUAUCGAAUUCCACAAAGUCUACGCCAUCCCGCCUGUCAAAGGUGUCUUCAGCUCAAUCUUGUACCCGCACUACGUCUUCGAGUGGAUAGAGUGGUCUGGAUUCAUGCUAGUGGGUAUAUCUGUCUUUCCGCUGGGUGGAUUCGUCCAAUAUGCAGCUGUGACUCCUCCGCUUCGGCCUGCGCCUUGGGUUGUUCCCUUUGUGUGGGCGGCUGACUUCUUGGCUAUUCCGUUACCUUUACCUGCGGUGCUGUUCUUGAUUAAUGCUAUUGCUAAUAUGCUGCCCCGUGCCCGCUGGGGACGACGGUGGUAUGUUGAGAAGUUUGGGGAAGAGGCUGUGGCUGGUAGGGGUGCUGUCGUGCCGUGGUGUUCUUGGAUGUGA